GCGUCUUAAAUUCCAAUGUCGCGUUCUUUGCUCCGCUAGGGAUUCCUUUCACUAAAUUUCUUCUCCCAUCUAGAGUCGCCAUUGCGCUUGGAUUCGCUACUGCAAUGUCCACGAUCACAGUGCCGCCGAUGCUUCCCCCCGUCCAGCAAGAUUGCCAGGCCUUGCAUCACGCUUUCAAAGGAUUUGGAUGCGAUGAGAAGCACGUCAUACAAAUUCUGGCGCACAGGAAUUACUUGCAGCGGAGAGAGCUGGUAAACGCUUACAGAAGCAUGUAUGGAGAGGAUCUCUUGCGAAGAUUGGAGAAAGAGCUCCACGGGAAUCUCGAGGUGAGUUUAGUUUCUCAAGAACUUCGUGUGCGAAUAUUAAAAUCUAUCUUCCAGCAAGCAGUGCUGCUGUGGAUGAUGGAGCCAGCUGAAAGGGACGCGGUGUUAAUCAGAGAUGCGAUGAAAGGACUGGGUACCAAAGAUAAGACGCUGAUCGAGAUCAUCUGCUCGAGAACUCCCUCGCAGCUCUACUACAUACGCCAGGCAUAUCAAACCAAGUAUCAUCGCUCCCUGGACAAAGACAUUCAAUCAGACACAAGUGGUGACUAUAGAAAGUUGCUCCUGGCCUUUGCGAGUGGACAGCGGCCAGAGGGGCCUCACGUAGACAUGCAUUUAGCUGACGCCGACGCCAGAGAGUUGUAUAGAGCUGGAGAAGGAAGGCUUGGCACCGACGAGUCGACUUUCAUUCGCGUUUUCUCGACGAGGAGUGCCGCGCAGCUCCACGCCGCAUUCGCAGCCUACAAACACCUGUACAAGCGCGACAUUGACAAAGCCAUAAAGCGAGAAACUUCCGGGGACUUCGAAGAUGCUCUGAGGCUGAUCGUUAAGUCCGUAACAAGGCCUGGACGAUACUUCGCCAAGGUUUUGUAUGACUCGAUGAAACGUAUGGGAACCGACGAUUCGACGCUGAUUAGAGUGGUCGUCACCAGGGCCGAGCAGGAUAUGCAGUACAUCAAGGCGGAUUUCUACCAAAAGUACAAGAAGCCAUUAGAAUCAAUGAUCUCGGGUGACACUUCUGGAAACUACAAACACUUCUUGCUCAGCCUCGUCGGGGGGCACUGACGGGUCAAUAGCCUGUAAAUACAGCGCGUGAAUUGGAUUUUUUUUUCUUCUAGAA